CCGUGUAACUUGGCUGGUUUCACAGUGAACGGGCACAUGCGAGGUCUGGAGAUCUGGGAGCGGUGCGCGUGAAGAGUAUCGUCCGACACCAGCGCACAGCCCUCGGCUCUCGGGUAGAGGCGGAAGGUCGCGGGAAACACGGAGGCAGGAGAACGACUCAUAAGCAGCAUCCAAGAUGGCCUUAGCCAGAGAUCCAGGGAUGGGCCCGGAGCAGAGAGAUGCAGCUGACCAGAACUUUGACUACAUGUUUAAGCUCCUGCUCAUCGGCAACAGCAGCGUGGGGAAGACUUCCUUCCUGUUCCGCUACGCAGAUGACUCCUUCACUUCAGCUUUCGUCAGCACAGUAGGCAUCGACUUCAAAGUCAAGACCAUCUACAGGAAUGACAAGAGGGUCAAACUGCAGAUCUGGGACACGGCGGGCCAGGAACGCUACCGGACCAUCACCACAGCUUACUACAGAGGGGCCAUGGGAUUCCUGCUCAUGUAUGAUAUCACGAGCCAGGAGUCGUUCAGUGCUGUUCAGGACUGGGCAACCCAGAUCAAGACGUACUCAUGGGACAACGCUCAGGUAGUGCUGGUAGGAAAUAAGCUGGACUUGGAAGAAGACAGGCAGAUUCCCACUGAGGAUGCACAAAGACUGGCUACAGAGCUAGGCUUUUUAUUCUUUGAGACCAGUGCCAAAGACAACAUCAAUGUGAAGCAGGUCUUUGACAAGCUGGUGGACGUCAUCUGUGAGACGAUGAACGAGAGCGUCAACGGUGAUGCCAGCUCAUCAGUCGGUCAUAAAGGAGAUGGUCUGAAUAGCGCACCCCACAGCAACAAGGGUGGCUGCGCAUGCUGAUGGCUGGUAGUGGAAUUUCAAUGAGUGCAGGUUGCAUAUGUACACACAUACAGUACAGUACGUAUACAGAUGAACUCCACUGCCAUUGUGAAUGUACUUUACCAUAUGUUGCUGCAUUGCUAAUGCCUGACUCUCCUUUUGUUUAAUCUUUUCUCAACUUGGUGGCAUCUCCAGUGCCUCCUACUAAUAUUUAAUGUGACUGUUACACUGAGAUGCCAAAGAGCUGCACUGAGCAGCUGUGCCUUUUGUCCGACACCUCUGCUUUAGUAUUUACCAUUCAUACACUACAGUGGCACCUGUUGCAGGUGAAGAUGUGAAUCAAGGGCAUGAUGGCGUUGUUAGCACUGUGACUGGCUUAUGUCAUGCUACCCCCUUGUGGGUGUUAUGGGAAAAUGCAUCAGUAUGACUCACAGCCCUACACACUCCUAUCCUGUGAAUGAGCCCUGUGUAAUUCUGCAGCAGAAAGCUUACUAACUGUUCAGUGCAAAGUCAAACAAACCUGAAAGGUGCUCUGUCAUUCCAGGUACAUGUGCAUAGUCCAGACUUGUUACUGCUGUUUGGGAGGGAUGUUCUCAUUUUCUUUCCUUCAUUUGUACCUUUUAUAUAACACUUCUAAAAUUAGGAGAUGUUCCAUAGGUUUCCACUCAGUGCUGACAUAGGAAAUUAAUCACUAUAAAAUCACCAAAGUGUUUUUUUUUUUCAUUUAAUGGAAAAUAAAACAUUCAUCAGGUUUGUGUUUUUGCUCAACAUUAAAUUAUUGGAUUGGCUCUUCUUUUUGUAACAGUCCUGUGUUUUUUUU